GUACUUGUACUUACACCGUCUAGUCUAUUAUGCUUUGGUUACAGCAAUUACCAUAAAUACGGUCCAUCCAGAACGAAGAUGAAGUACAUUUUAGUGACCGGAGGUGUAAUAAGUGGCGUUGGAAAAGGUGUUAUAGCUAGUUCUUUUGGAACAAUACUUAAACAUUGUGGAAUCCAUGUGACAUCUAUAAAGAUAGACCCGUACAUAAAUAUAGAUGCCGGCACCUUUUCUCCGUAUGAACAUGGUGAAGUAUAUGUUCUUGACGAUGGUGGAGAAGUAGAUUUGGACUUAGGGAAUUAUGAAAGAUUUUUAGAUGUUACUCUACACAAAGAUAAUAAUAUUACAACUGGCAAAAUAUAUCAGUCAGUAAUUGAAAAGGAGAGACGGGGUGAAUACUUAGGGAAGACUGUACAGGUCGUUCCACACAUUACGGAUGCUGUACAAGAGUGGGUAGAGAGAGUUGCUAACCAUUCCGUUUCAGAAGAUGGAAACAAACCGGAGGUUUGUAUUAUCGAGCUUGGCGGGACUAUUGGAGACAUUGAGGGAAUGCCAUUCGUGGAGGCAUUUAGGCAAUUUCAGUUUCGUGUAAAAAAGGAGAAUUUCUGCUGUGCUCACGUGUCGCUUAUACCGCAGCCACGAUCCACGGGGGAACCAAAAACUAAACCAACACAAUCUAGUGUUCGAGAAUUGCGUGGUCUCGGUUUAUCACCAGAUCUUAUUAUAUGCCGUUCUGAAAAUCCAAUCGGCGAUACCAUUAAGGAUAAAAUUUCGAACUUCUGUCACGUUCCACCAGAACAGGUCAUAACGAUACACGAUCUCUCUUCCAUUUACCGGGUUCCUCUCUUAAUGGAAAGUCAAGGUGUUAUACCUUUCCUGAGUGACAGAUUACAGUUGAACGUUGGAAUUCAACAACCACGUAAUUUUAUGCGUAAAUGGCGAGAUCUCGCCGAACGUAUUGAACACUUGAGGAAAGAAGUUGUUAUAGCUUUAGUUGGAAAAUACACUAAGCUUGAAGAUUCAUAUGCUUCUGUGACAAAAGCAUUGCAACACGCUUCUGUGCAAGUAGGAUACAAAUUAAAAUUAAAGUACAUUGAAGCCUGCAAUUUAGAAAAGACGAAAUUACAAUCAGACCCAGUAAUAUAUUAUGAAGCAUGGCAACAGUUAUGCAAAAGCGAUGGCGUCGUAGUUCCGGGAGGUUUUGGAAAAAGAGGAAUGGAAGGCAAAAUAAAAGCAUGUAAAUGGUGCAGAACAAACAACACGCCGUUCCUUGGCAUAUGCUUGGGAAUGCAAGCCGCAGUCAUAGAAUUCGCGCGUGAUGUAUUACAUUUAAGUAACGCUAAUAGCACUGAAAUUGAUAAUGAGACCGAGAAUCCUCUUGUCAUCGAUAUGCCAGAGCACAAUCAAGGACAAAUGGGUGGGACAAUGAGAUUAGGAAAAAGACGGACUCGUUUCAGCGGAGAAAAUUCUGUAAUAAAGCAAUUGUAUGGCAAUAAAAAUAGCGUGGAAGAACGUCAUCGUCAUCGAUACGAAAUCAAUCCAAAAUAUGUUGGUGAUUUACAAGCUGCUGGCAUGAAGUUUGUCGGUCACGACGAACAAUCCGAGCGAAUGGAAAUCGUCGAACUUGAAGGGCACUCCUACUAUGUUGCUACGCAGUAUCAUCCAGAAUAUUUAUCCCGACCUCUGAAACCUUCUCCGCCGUUCUUAGGAUUAAUACUAGCUAGUGUAGGAAAGUUGAAAUCCUACUUAUCCAGUGGUUGUAGAUUUUCUCCGGCGCAAUUGAGUGACAACGAUUUUGAUGAUGAUUAUCCUGUUGAAUCUACAAACAGCUUGAAAGUAGUGAGCAGUACAAAACCAACCAAUAGCAACGUUUCUGGCUCCGAUUGACGUUUUUAAGUAUCGAGUUUAAAGCAUUAGUUCGCGAUCAUAUUGUGUAGAGACUGAAUUUUUCGUGUAGAGCAGUAAGGUGCGUUUAAAAUAUCUAGUGGUAUAUAAUCUUACUGAAAAUCUCAUUUCGCUUCUGAAGUUUAAUUACAUUUAUAUAGCCCUCGUAAUACAAGAAUUCAAAUUCGUUAGAAUAACGAUAACGACCAUAAGAAGUUGAAGAUGAUCUUGCUUUACUCUUUUUUUAUUCUGACCAGGUUUGUUGUAGAAAAAAGACUCUCAAAACGCUCUUAACAUAACUGACUACAUGCAUGGUUACAUUCCAGAUUAUUUUCAUGUCCUUUCUCCGGAAUUUGGUGAGGGUAGCAUGAAUAAUUUCAGUGAGCCGAGAUAAUUCGUACAUUAUAGCAUAUAAUCAGUGACCAACUCUGUUUAAUUCAGAAUAUAAUCAAAUGUUUUGAAUUGUCUGAAUUAUUCUGAAAGCAUGGAAUUCUUUUUAAAUAUUUUCAAAUUCAGCAACUUUGUCCACGGGUGAACUGUUACUGAAUUUAGUCGCACUCUUUUUUUAUUCUGAAGAAGUCGUUGAAUUUGUUUGAAGUUUUUUUGAAUUUUUUUAAGUUUUCAGAAUUCUUCUACAAUCUUUAGAAUUCACGUUGAAUUAUUGUGAAUUCUUUCAAGACUUUUGAAUUUUGCGAAUUGAGCUUGGAAAUAAUUGAAAAGAAUUCCAUGUUUUCAGAAAAGUGAAGAAAAUUAUAAAUAAAUCAAGAUACAUCCUGAAUUAUUCAAGAGGAUUCAAAGAUCUUUACCAACAUUCAAAACAUUACAAAUGAAUUCUAAGAAUGCCGAGAGAAUUCUGCAGAAUUAAAAAGACUAAAAAAUUCAAAUUAUUUCAAUAUUUAUUCUAAAUAUUUCACGAAAAAUGAAAAAUCCUUUAAAAAAUUCAAAAAAAGUCAGGACGGUCACUGAUUAUUUGCAAUAAUGUAUGCAUUAUCUAGGCCUACUGCAAUUAUUUGUGCUACGCUCACCAAAUUUCGAAGAAUCUAGCCUAUAAUUCCAUUUCUUCCAUGCAUAUUAUUUUGAUGAGCAAAUAAUUUAUCUGGAACAUGUUUACAUAAAAGAAUUGAUUUCUUUGCAAAUUUAUUUUAGGGUCGUUUCAAUUUCCUGAAGUACCCAAAAUACGAAACGAACCCAAAAAUGUUUUAAGACUUUUCGAUGUGAAUUUUUUCUUUUAUCCGCCAUUACAAAGAAUGACAAUACUCCUGCGACAUCCUGUGUAAUGUAACUAGACUGAUAAAAUUCACCAAUAAAACCUUUUUAUUUCAAUUUCUAUCAUGGAAAACAGAUUGUAAAUUUAAAAAUUAGAAGAAUUUUAAUUUUGUGUAUCGAAAAUGAACCUUCUGGUCUGAAAUCGCGAUGAAACUGAUACGUUUUUCUAGAUUCACCGUUUCUAUAAAACGAAACAUAUAAUUUUAAAGAGAGUUAAUAGUGGUAAAACUCAAAAACGUCGCACUGAAUAAACUUGUACCUAAAGGCCACAUCUUUAAAAAAAUACUAUUAUUUUUCUUCUUCCUUGUUUAAAAAGUGGUUGAUAAAUUCUGGAAAAUGAAUUCGUGAAGGGAUUUAUUUUUAUUUAUUUUGUAAUCGUAGUAGAAGAGAUGAUAUUUUCUUUAGUACAUCAAGGUUUAAAUAAUUAUUCUUAUUUUUACUAAAACUAAGCUUUUAAGUACUCUCGAUUUUGGAGAAAGAAAUAACUCUUGUCUUUUUACUGUAUCUUUGUCGGAUUUUGUCGGAAUUUAAGUUAGAGAAUUUUUUGCAUCUAAGAUCAAGAACCAUUUUCUAUCUGGAUUUAUCUGGCUCUAAAACGAACAUCAGAAAUAGAAAAUUGAAUUAUUUGCCUGAUAAAGUCUUUUUCGGCUCUAUCUGGAACUUUCUUGGAACUUACAUUAGAAGACUAUUUUAGUGAAAAUGCCCAUUAAGGAUAUUAAAGCAUUUUUAUACUUCCAUUUCUUUAUUAUCUAUUGCUUUUGGAUCUUCUUUGAACGCUUUGAAUAUUUAAAGACCAAAAGUAUUGAGCCCUUUCUGAAAUGAGGAAAAUUCGAUUUUUUGUUUAACAUAUUAUAAAAUAUUGUUUAAGAACUGUUAUUUUGCAUUCAAAUCUAAGUAAGAAAUAAUCAUAAAAUAAUUGGAUAAAUUAAAAACUGCGCGCUUUAUGAAGGUUUUUGUAUUACCGAAAAUAUCUUUU